CUGCCUGACUCACAGGCUUUGACACAAGCCAGAUGGCUGCGAUUGGUAGGCGCACAGGCUGCCUGGUACUGCAGCUGAUGAAACAGAAUAGGAAGACGUUUUAUGAUCAGUUGCGGGAGCACAAUAAGACUGCAGCUUUGCUAGGGGUCAGAAGAGACCAUGCACAAUCUUCUCUUCUAGUUCAGGAAAUGUACAAGAAAAAUCAUUCCUGACUCUUGCCCCUGUUCUUUGCCUCUGGUUUUGUUGGUGAGGAUAUCACAGUGAUGUCUGCAUUCAACCUGCUGCAUUUGGUGACAAAGAGCCAGCCAGUGGCCCUGCGAGCCUGUGGGCUUCCCUCAGGGUCAUGUAGGGAUAAAAAGAACUGCAAGGUGGUCUUUUCCCAGCAGGACCUGAGGAAGCGGCUGACGCCCUUGCAGUACCAUGUCACUCAGGAGAAAGGGACUGAAAGUGCCUUUGAAGGAGAAUACACUCAUCAUAAAGCUCAUGGAAUAUACAAAUGUGUUGUGUGUGGAACUCCUUUAUUCAAGUCAGAAACAAAGUUUGACUCCAAUUCAGGUUGGCCUUCAUUCUAUGAUGUGAUCAGUCCUGAUGUCAUUAUGUUCACCGAUGACUUCUCAUAUGGGAUGCACAGGAUCGAAACAGGCUGCAGCCAGUGUGGUGCUCACCUGGGGCAUAUCUUCGAUGAUGGGCCUCGUCCAACUGGCAAAAGAUAUUGCAUAAACUCUGCUUCAUUAUCAUUUGAGCCUGGAGAUAAGAACAAUGCUGAAGAAGGCUGCAGUAGCACCAGUCCAGCUCAAACAGACAAAACCGAUUUGUAGGGCUAAAGGCAGUCUGCAGAAAGUUCAUAGCUUAUGAAGAAUGGUUUUUUUUCUAACUUGACUGCUAUAUUAGCUCCUAUUUUUAAAUUUUUAAAGGCAUUCUGCACCAUUUUUCUUUGCUGAAAUUGAGGCCUUGUCUGCCAACAUAUUUUACUAUAUAAUAAGAUCUAAAUAUUUGUUGACUGAUUCUUUUGGUUUGUUUUGGGGGAAUGCUUUAGGGAAGCCUUAAAACAAGAAACUUAAGAUCCAUUUGUUAUUCGUUUCUUCUUAUCACUUUGUUAGCAUAGGUUUGAAUAUUUUUCCUUUUUUGUAAGCAGAAGGGGAUUGUAGUUAUCUUCAGACAAUAGAAGACUCCUAAAUGUAAUAAAAUUAUUGAGAUCCCAGCACAUCUGUGGUUCUGAUUUGCGAGGCAUGUGGCCUUUGAUUGUGUGUAUUCAACCAUCAUAGUAUAUCAACCACACCCUGCGAAAACUUGGACUUAAGCAAUUCCCUCUUAACUAAAAGUGAUGGAUGAAAUGUAAAGCCUUCCUUUGGCUAAAUUACUGCCGAAAUAAAAAGGGUGUAGACAUUGCAGAGAAGUAUAUGUUGCACUACAAUCAAUUUUCCUCCCCUGUAGGAUGUUAGAAUGGAGUAUUAAAUCCGUCUUGAAACUAUUAAGCUUCACUAGUUCAGGGUUCACUGAAUAGCCUUUGCUUGUUUGUGAGGCUUUGUCUUCUGCAGCUACAACUAUUAGAUGUCUGAAUUUGGAUUAAAAUAUAAAGGGGAUUCUUUAUGUAGGAAGGAGCAGGUAGAACUUGUAGAGAAUUGAAGUGGAUGUGAGUUCAUAAAGGUGGGCUGUUUCCUCUAUCCAAAGCAAGGAGUCCUUACAAGGCAUCAGCAGAACCAUAGAAGAGACUCCAAGGACUUGAGGGAACUGCAUAAAGAAAAGUGAAACCCUUCUGAAAUACUCUCCAUUUUUAAAUUAAGCGGACCAGGGCCCAUAAACCCUUGAAGGGCCAGUUUUUGUUAUAUUUAGCUAUGGUGAGGGAUAUGGAGUGGAGAGGGUGACGUAACAAAGGAGCAUGAAAAAGGCUGUCAAAAAGCCAGACUAUUCACUUAGUGAGAAAAAUUGCUGGUUUCACCUGGCAAGAAAUUUUCCACAAUUGCUCUCAGCAUUUACUUUAGUCGCAUAUGGCUAUAAUUGUGAGCAAUAAGGUUCUCUAAGCUUUAGUGAUAUAGUAUUAUCUAAUAUCACUUUGCCUUGAAAUGUUCAGUGACCAGUCAGAUCAAGUGCUUCCUUUGUGAAUAUCCCGUUAUGAUUGACAUUGGGUCUAAUUCUUGUCCCAUUGGGAACAAAAAUUCCCCUUGAUUUUAAUGGAAGCAGAAUUGAGCCUAUUAUACCAAUAAAAUUGAACAUAUUACCUGAAAUGUAGAGUAUGGCUGCCCUUUGAAAUAGGGGCGAUUCCCAGCUCAGUGAGAUGUUCACACAGUUGCUCUGUUUGGUUGAGUUACCUGGCUAAAAAUAGAGGAUAGCAGCGGCAGUGCAAUUGAAGAGAGGGGCUCCCCACCUCAAGUGUGCACUUAAACUCUCAGACUGUGGUCAGGACUUGCACUGUGGGGCUCACAGUCUAUUUUUAGCACGCUAGCUCAAUGGGGAUGGGCUCAGCUUGGGAUGGAAACA